AUUGAUUAGACACUGAGGAGAGAGUUCAGUUGAGCUGAGCUUCUGGCUGUGCGAUCAUUACUCAUUUCACAAUGCUGCCAGUGACAAUAGUGCUCUGUAGUUUGGUCUUGGGGGCGCACCUAAUCUUGGUACUAGGCCUUAAGAACGAUCUUGAGGGAGGCGCUAAUAACGUUGUAGUUGAAUCGGAUGAGUGCAAAGAAGAUGAUUGCCCUUGUGCGACCUCCAGCUUAGGUUGUCCUGCGGUGGUUCGUGCUUUACCCUGUAAACAAAUCGAUGCUGUCAACUAAAGAGUGAAUAAAAUACAUAUUACAAUUAAAUAAAACCAAAAUUUGUGUUUAUUCC